CAAGUAACAAGGAAGCUUAAAGCUAAGCUCCAAAUUCCAAAUUUCUUCAUAUUCAUCUGCCGCCAACAAAAACCAAACAAAAAGUAGCUUCAAAACACUCACCAUCUCAGAAAAUGCCGAGAAAAGGAAUGAGGAGCCUUUGCUUCAGCUCCAGGACGCCGUCGUUUGCCCUUUCUCGCCAAUCCAUGUCACCUUCAACAACCUCGCUGUCCAGCACUCGUCGCCGUAUAAUCUCCGAAUCCAUGAUCGAGCAAACCAUCGACGCCGCGGCUACCAUCAUCAUGAAAUGGGAUGCUGAUGCGUCAGCUUACGCUAAAGUGACCUCUCUUUUCUACGAGAGCAAGAAGGAAGCCAUGCAGUUUAUAAGAUCCGUUAACGAGCUGCAAAAAAUCAUGCAUUUGUUAGUUUCUGAAGAUUCCGGUUCGGAAAAGCUCAUUCUAGCUCAAAAUUUGAUGCAAAUCGCAAUGAAGAGGCUUCAGAAAGAGUUUUACCAGAUUUUAUCGAUGAAUCGAGCUCACUUGGAUCCAGAAUCGGUUUCCACCAGAUCAUCGCGGACCUCCGCCAGAUCAAGCUUGUCUGAUUAUGAUGAUGAAGGUUCAACGGAAGAUGAAAUUCGCGUGGUGGGGGAUUCCAUCUCGGAAGUGGAAGAAGUUUCUUCUAUGGCUAUGUCCGAUCUAAAAUCGAUAGCGGAUUGCAUGAUCGCUUCCGGUUACGCUAAAGAGUGCAUACAUAUUUACAAAAUCAUUCGGAAAUCAAUUAUCGAUGAAGGAAUUUACAAGCUUGGAAUCGAAAAAAUGAGCUCCUCGCAGAUUAAUAAAAUGGACUGGGAUGUACUGGAUUUGAAAAUCAAGAACUGGUUAGAAGCUGUGAAGGUUUCCAUAAGGACCCUUUUCACUGGUGAAAGAAUCCUCUGCGAUCACGUGUUUGCUACGUCAGAUUCAAUCAGAGAAUCCUGCUUUACCGAGAUUUCAAAAGAAGGCGCCACGCUUUUGUUUGGAUUCCCCGAACUCGCCGCCAAGACCAAAAGAUCGCCGCCGGAGAAAAUGUUCCGUGUACUCGAUAUGUACACGGCUAUUUCAGAGAACUGGCAAGAGAUCGAAACGAUCUUUUCUUUUGAAUCGACUUCAGCCGUCAGAUCAGAAGCACUUAACUCACUGGUUCGACUCAGUGAGUCAGUGCGGUCAUUGUUGACAGAUUUUGAGUCCACAAUCCAAAAGGACUCGUCCAAAGUGAUGAUUCCAGGCGGCGGUCUGCAUUCUCUAACAAUCUACUCGAUGAAUUAUCUCACGCUCCUCGCUGAUUACAGCAACGUCCUCACCGACAUUAUCUCAGACUGGCCAGCGCCUGCGAAAUCAUCGUUACCAAAGUCCUACUUCGACAGUCCGUAUUCCGACGACUCUCCGGUGCCGCCUAUCUCCGUCCAAAUUGCUUGGCUAAUCCUCGUCCUACUCUGCAAGCUGGACGGGAAAGCAAAGCAUUACAAAGACGUCUCACUAUCUUACCUAUUUUUAGCGAACAAUCUCCAACACGUAAUUUCCAGAGUCCGUACAUCGAAUCUCCAGUAUUUACUCGGGGAGGAAUGGAUCACGAAGCACGAAGCUAAGGUGAGUCAGUUCGCAGCAAAUUACGAGCGGUUAGCGUGGGGCCAAGUGUUCGCUUCAUUGCCGGAGAAUCCAACCGCUUCGAUGUCACCGGGGGCAGCUAAAGAAUGUUUCAGGAAAUUUAAUUCAAGCUUUGAAGAUGUGUACUGGAAGCAGAGUUCUUGCCUCGUACCCGACUCGAAAUUGCGAGACGAGAUUAAGCUUUCCAUUGCUAGAAAACUCGUCACAGUAUAUCGGGAGUUUUACGAUGCACAAAAGUCAACCGUUGGAGAUGAAAGAACCGCGAGAUUAUUUGUCAGAUUUUCCCCCGAAGAUUUAGGGAAUUACUUGUCGGAUUUGUUCUUUGGAACAGUUAAUUCCGGAAGUUCAUCUACGUCUUCUUCGACGUCGUCUCGUCGGCGACAAAUGCGAUCACCGUUGAGAGUGUAAAGUUCUUUUUUUUUUUUUGUUUUUGUUUAUUAAUUUUAUGGCGAUCUAUCAUGAUCGUAAAAAAAAAGAUCGGCGAUCACUUUGAGGUAGUUAUAUAACGAUCUUUUAAGUUUUAGCGGUUCUUUUAUGUGUUUUUUACAUGACUGCCA